AGAAGAAAGCGGGCAAGAAAAACGGGAUGCAAGAAGCCGCCUAAUUCGAGGAUUGGAUUAGGCGCUUCUUCGUCCCACAUUCCGUCCCUUUCAUCCGUAACAUUAGCAUCAUCAUCAUCAUCAUCAUCAAACAGCAGCCGGUCCGAUCAUGGAUGGGUUGGUAGGCAUCUUGAAGGUGCGUGUGGUGCGUGGGAUCAACCUCGCAUACCGCGACGCAAGAGGCAGUGAUCCAUAUGUUGUCCUUCGCCUCGGCAAGCAGAAAGUGAAGACAAGUGUGAAGAAGAGAUCCGUGAACCCUAUCUGGCAUGAAGAGCUAUCCCUGUCGAUCACAAAUCCUAAUGCACCAAUCAAGCUUGCGGUGUUCGACAAGGACACCUUCAGCAAAGACGACCCGAUGGGAGACGCGGAGAUCGAGGUAGAGCCCUUGGUGGAGUUCCUGCACAUGGCCACCGAGGACAUGCGGAACGGCACCGUGAUGCGCUCGAUCCGGCCGAGCAGCCGGAACUGCCUCGCCGAGGAGAGCAAGGUGUGCUGGAAGAACGGGAGGUUCGUCCAGGACGUGAUCCUGCGCCUGAAGAACGUCGAGAGCGGCGAGAUACAGCUGCAGCUGCAGUGGGUGAGUAUGCCCGGCAGGAAGUGACCCACACGGCCGAUGGAUCGAUCCAUUUUGGAGGUCUCAUCGUCGGCAUGCUUGACUGGCAUUAUGUUUAUCGCCGUGAAAUGGAUCAUUUUUGUCGAUCGCGCUAUUCGCCCGUUGUAGACGUCGGAUUGUAAACAACUGCAAUCGUCAGAUUAGUCAAAUAUCUUUGUAGGAAGGGAAAAGAUGUUAUAAGAAUGGUGCAGGCACGGAUUGUAUCCAGGACGCAUGGUCUGUAAGGCUUGGGACAACAUAAUGGAACACACACACAACACAAA